AUGACAACGACGCGGAGCCAGACCAGGAGGUCCAGUCAAAGCCCGUCCGAACCUGCUGCCUGCAAGGAAAGCCGCCGGUCCAGAACCCAGCACCGGACCAGAACCCAGCACUGGACCAGAACUCAGCACUGAAUCAGCACCGGACCAGAACCCAGCAUGUCGGACCAGUCUGCCUUUGACACGGAUGUCUGGACCCUGACCCGGUUCAUCAUCGAGACGGGCCGGCAGGCGAAGGGAGCCACCGGGGAGCUGACCCAGCUGCUGACCGCCAUGCUGACCGCCAUCAAGGCCAUUUCCUCGGCGGUGCGGAAGGCCGGACUCGCCCACCUGCAGGGCAUGGCCGGCUCCGUCAACGUGACGGGGGACGACGUGAAGAAGCUGGACGUCCUGUCCAACGACCUGGUCAUCAACAUGCUGCAGGCGUCCUACAGCACCUGCUGCCUGGUGUCCGAGGAGAACAAGGAGCUCAUCGUCACCCCCCAGGACAAACGGGGAAAGUACGUGGUCUGCUUUGACCCUUUGGACGGAUCCAGUAACAUCGACUGCCUGGCCUCCAUUGGCACCAUAUUCGCCAUCUACAAACGGACGUCAGAAGGCGAGCCCACAGAGCAGGACGCCCUGCAGCAGGGGAAAAGCAUCGUGUGCGCCGGCUACGCACUCUACGGCAGCGCCACGCUCGUCGCCCUCAGCACCGGCGCCGGACUCAACUUCUUCAUGCUCGACCCGGCCAUCGGUGAGUUCAUCCUGAUCGAGAGGAACGUGCGGAUCAAGCAGAAGGGAAAGAUCUACAGUCUGAACGAAGGCUACGCCAAAUACUUCCACCCCUCCAUCAACGAGUACCUCAAACACAAGAAACACCCCGAGGACGGAGGCUCCCCGUAUGGGGCCCGUUACGUGGGAUCCAUGGUGUCAGACGUUCACCGCACCAUCGCCUACGGAGGGAUCUUCAUGUAUCCUGCAAACGAGAAGAGCCCCAAAGGAAAGCUGCGGCUGCUGUAUGAAUGCAACCCCAUCGCCUUCCUCAUGGAGCAGGCGGGCGGCCUCGCCACCACCGGCACCCAGAGGAUCCUGGACGUUCAGCCCGAGACGCUCCACCAGCGGGUUCCCUUCGUGGUCGGCUCGCCGGACGACGUCAACGAAUAUCUGUCGUUUGUGAAGAAGUUUUCAUGAAAGCUGCAGCCGAGCUGAACGUUUUCCAUCAACCGAUGUUUUAUCGCCGGAAAGAUUCAGACUUUUUUUUCUUUUUGGACAAAACUAAAUAUUUGUCGGCUUUGUAAACAAGAUUUUAGAUUUAACUUGUAAUAAAAUCCAAAUAUUUAAAUGUUCUUAAUCUUAAACGGUAGAACUGGUUUUUAGACGUUAAAGUGAUUUUUUUCAGGUUAAGGAUUAACCUGACUAUUCGAGAGUCUGUCUUUAAAAGGAAAACUACUUUUCCUUUUAAAGACACCAUAUGUGAAGUUUUCAUGACUUUUUAUCUGUGUUUUAUGAUUUGAAGCAUUUUGCAAUGUGCUGUAAAAAUAAUCUUGAUUGACUGAUAUAACAAGGGAUUCAGAUAUUUUAUUGAUUACUGCAAAAGCUGAAAAUGAUCAUAAAACCAGCAAGUGUUAGUCAGUCAUUAAGCAGCAUAACUAUAUGCAUGGGCUACAUAUACAUGUUUCCAUAAAUCAUUGCACAAUCUCCUGUUAAUAAAAAACUGUGAGACUUUA